AUGGGAGUUUUGGAUGUGACACAGAAUGGACCGUCAUCGGACAACAGUAUCAUUGGGUUCAAGUACCAUUCUCAUGCACCCUAUACUGUAAGCUACAAUGCCAAUGACGAGAUACGGAUUCCAAUUCAACAGCAAGAUGUUUACACACUGCCAUCGGAGAGCUAUCUACAUUUGGAGUAUACUGUGACUGGAGCUGCCAACGCUGCUGUGGCCGGAACUCCGUGUGUCUCUGGAUUCUUCAGCAAUGUGUUCUCAGAGAUAUGCUAUGAAAUCAAUGGUGUGGAGGUGGAUGGUAUACACAAUCCUGGAGUUACCAGCCUAAUGAAGAAUGCUGUUACAUUUGAACGUGAUGAGUGGACCAAGAUGGAAGGAUCUGGCUACAAGUUUAGUUCAACCACUGGAUUCGCCGAUUUUGCUGCCAAUGGAACCAACACUACAAUCAUAGAUGUGCCUUUGAGAUAUCUGCUGGGCUUUGCUGAAGACUAUAGACAGAUUUUACUCAAUGUGAAACAAGAGCUGGUGUUGACGGUCAGCCCCAACUUUCACAACUGUGUGAAUGUUGCUGCUGCCAAUGUAGCAAUCACAAAGCUUUUAUGGAGAAUGCCUUAUGUGGAAGUGGCAGAUGAUGUGAAACUGUGUCUCCUACAGAUUGUACAGAACAACACACCCAUAAGUAUAUCAUUUCGACAUUGGGAGUUGUAUACCUAUCCAACAUUACCGCAGACAAGAAAGCAUACAUGGACUGUCAAGUCGACAUCACAGCUUGAAAAGCCACAAUACAUUGUGGUUGGGCUACAGACUGCAAGACGAGGUGUGGCAGCAGCCAACAGUUCUCGAUUUGACAAGUGUAAUAUAAAAGAUGUUAAAGUGUUUUUAAACAGCAGAUACUACCCAUAUAAGAGCAUUGAUGGUGAUGAUAAUCACAUCUACAACAUGUAUGCAGCUUUCAAUGGAGUCUACAACCAUGGUAAAGCUCAUGCAAGCAACCCUCUGUUUGAAAGUGCCAUUGGUGAUGGAAAAAUAAUGCUGUUUGCUUUUGAUUGCUCCCGCCAAAAUGAGUCACUCAAAACUGGAAGUAUCGAUGUGAGGAUUGAGUUUGAAGCAUCUGAAAACAUUUCAGGUAAUACAACUGCCUACUGUAUGAUGAUUCAUGAGAUGACAAGAAGAGUAUCGGCCAAUGUCAGGCCUUGUACUGUCGGUAUAAAAAAGAUAUAUAGUCAGUGCAUAGUGAUAAAUUGCUCAGUUGAGCUCGAGACAAUGAAUGAGCCAGUCAUGACAGGAUACAGAGGACUCUUUAUGGAGGAGGGGGAGCUGUCUUCUCAUGAAGGGGAGGACGUGGUGGGCUGUGUUAUUGGUGGGCGACCGCUGAUGAAAGAUGCCUCUACAAGUACAACUGGACUCAAUGACUCCUACAGUAGGGGUAAAGAACCUGUAGUUAGAGAAAACAAAAUGGAGAGAAGUCACCCUAAUGGGAAGCUAUUCUGA